AUGACCAGCCUCUGCUCCCACUCCCAGUUUCCAGCAAUUUCCGUAAAGAACAGCCCGGGCCCCUUUGUGGAUGCUCCGAAUCAGCGCGCGGUCCCUCUGCCCGCUGCCCGGGGUUACAUCGAUGGCAAAGCUUGGCCGCAACCACCACCACCACUACGAGACAUGGACCCACUCGUAUUUACAACAUACGACGUUGACGAGUGUUCAUGGAAUUCCUUUGCCCCCUUUGAGGUAAACGCCACAAAGGGCCAGCAAUAUUACGACGAAUUCGCGUUUGAGAAUCAUGCCCAAUCUCACAACCCCGUCGUUGUAUUCGAAGACGAAGAUGAUUUAUCCGAAGGGUUUGAAGACUGCCGACUCAGCACAAGCACCGUUGCCAACAGCCCCAUCUCCGAAUUCUCUGCCAAUUAUCAUCAUCAUCAUCAUCAUCACCGCCAACAACAACUAGACAAAGAGGGCAGCAUGAAUCUCGACCUUGUCGCCCCGGCAGCAGCGACCACGACAGCAACAACGGCCAUUCUCGGUUCAGAAGAAUACCCGUCGCCUAUCUUUGCGCCUGCUCCAGGGGACGACGGUGGCUGCGCACAUCUGAACGAGUAUUAUUACCCUCUUCAGCUUGACCACCUCUCAACAAACGCAAUUACUCUCCCUCCCGUGCUCCCUGACCAACACUAUCCGCCAGACUCCUGGUCCCCCUUUCUCGCCCAGGACACCGCGGAGACGGCAUACAGUACAGGAGACAUAAACGAGGCUAUAACAUCUAAAGAGUCAUUUUUGCCUGCUGCAACCACGGAGAGCUCCGCCUCGAUGGUCACCCCUCCGAGCCACGUCCACUUGCACGCACCGAGGCCAAUGCGGAUCGAGAAUACGGCUGCACACCUCGCUGCUCUCGUCGAGCGCGAAGAGUCAAAGCUCGAGGCACAGGAACGCGACGAGCCGCCCGUUGACAGCGUAAUCGAGUCGAGGACGACCAACGCGGAUCAACUCUCUCCAUUGACGGCGCCAGCCCUCGUCCUGCCGUAUGCACAACCAACCCACACGCGCCAAGUACAACCAUCACAUGUCGUUCCACCAUCCUUCGUCUCUCAAUCCCUCGUUGGCCAAAGCCAAUCACUGUCGGCGGUGAUGACGCCCGAGUUACCCCGCAGGAGGAUCCAGCCGAUCCUCGAGCUUGAUACCUCGGGAAGAACGAUGCAGCUCCGUCAAUCGAUGCGCGCAAGACGCCAUGCGCGAAAUCUUAGCGUCCCGAUGUCUGCCGACGCACUCCAGUAUCGUCCGGUGGGUUGGAAGGGUCGCCAGGACGUCGUUGGUUCACAUCCGCAUCUCCUCGUUCAAGAACAACAGGCGUAUGGUGCAUGGACCGGUAGUAACUCGCGGUCGAUGGAUUGGUCCACCCUCGGCGGUCAUAUCCCAUUCUUGCAACCUCCGGCCCUCGCAUACCUUCAGCCCGAGACCUACGCGCCCGCAGCGCUCUACUAG